AUGUACAGGUACUGCAAGAGCCUGAUACCAGCUCCCAUUCAGGGUGAAGAACAGAUUAAUAUAAAAGUUGAGGUUAAAGAAGAAGAAGAAUUAGAGACGUAUGUGGGGGGUGAUCAGCCAUUCACCGAGGAGGUUGGGAUCAUUAUGAAGAGUGAAGAGGAUGGAAAUUCUCCAGCUAUCAACUCAAAUGGAUGUGAUGUGAGGAAUUCCUCGGAGAGACAUCUUCUAUUAUCUGCUGAUUGUAAGUCAGAAGAUAAUGUCAUCACACAGGAUCCUCCAGGAGGAAAUCCAAAUACACAAAAUAUACAUCACAGACCUUCCUGUCCGGAGACAUCAAUGGAUCCCUCUGAUCAGGGGGAAUCUUCUCAUCAAUCACAUACUAUGAUUGUAAAUAUCCAUGUAAGAUCUCACACUGCAGAUAGAUCAACAGAUCCUUCUAAUCCCGAGGAAUCUUCCUCACCCCAUGAAGGAGAUCACCGAGGUGACUAUCAAUUCUCAUGUUCAGAGUGCGGGAAAUCUUUCAAUAGGAAAGGAGCACUUGUUGAACACCAGAGUAUUCACACCGUGCCCUUCCUUAUUCAUGUUCAGAGUGCGGGAAAUGUUUUGCUUUUAAAGGAGACUUUGUAAUACAUCAGAGAAUUCA